GAUUGCCAUUAAAAAGUAAAAUGAAAAGAAAGUUUUACUCCUGGGAAGAAUGCAUGAACCUUCGGGAGGUUAAGUCUUUAAAGAAACUAAAUCAUGCCAAUAUAGUAAAGUUAAAAGAGGUUAUCAGGGAAAACGACCACCUCUAUUUUAUCUUCGAGUACAUGAAGGAAAACCUUUACCAACUCAUUAAAGAAAGAAAUAAGUUGUUUCCAGAGUCUGCUAUAAGGAAUAUAAUGUAUCAGAUAUUGCAAGGACUGGCAUUUAUUCACAAACACGGGUUCUUCCACCGGGACCUAAAACCUGAGAACCUCCUCUGCAUGGGACCAGAACUUGUGAAAAUUGCGGACUUCGGAUUGGCUCGAGAAAUUCGAUCAAGACCGCCAUACACAGACUAUGUGUCUACUAGAUGGUAUAGGGCUCCAGAAGUACUUCUAAGAUCGACCAACUACAGCUCCCCCAUUGAUGUCUGGGCCGUGGGCUGCAUCAUGGCAGAGGUGUACACCCUCCGGCCUCUUUUCCCUGGGGCCAGUGAAAUUGACACGAUUUUCAAAAUUUGCCAAGUGUUGGGAACGCCGAAGAAGACUGACUGGCCUGAAGGCUACCAGCUGUCAAGUGCUAUGAAUUUCCAAUGGCCCCAGUGCAUACCCAAUAACUUAAAGACUCUAAUUCCAAAUGCUAGCACUGAAGCAAUUCAGCUCCUGAGAGAUUUGCUUCAGUGGGAUCCCAAGAAACGACCAACUGCUAGUCAGGCGCUUCGAUAUCCUUACUUCCAGAUUGGACACCCACUGGGCAUCAUCACACAGGACUCAGGAAAACCACAGAAAGACGUCCAAGACAAGACAGGCCCACCUCCUUACAUCAAACCAGCCCCUCCUGCCCAGGCCCCAACCAAGACACAUACACUGAUUUCUUCACGACCAAACCAAGCCAGUCAAGCCCCUCAGCAUUUUGUGUACCCCUACAAAGGCGACGCCUCUAGGACAGAGCAGCUGAGCCAUGUUCAGGAGGGCAAGCCAAGCCCACCAUUCUUCCCAUCCCUCCACAAUAAGAAUCUUCAGCCAAAAAUCCUAGCUGGCCUGGAACAGAAAAAUGGUGAAGUCAAGCCAAAGAGCAGGAGAAGAUGGGGUCUUAUUUCCAGGUCAACAAAGGGUUCUGAUGAUUGGGCCGACUUGGAUGACUUAGAUUUCAGUCCCUCUCUUACCAGGAUAGAUGUGAAAAACAAGAAGAGACAGAGUGACGACACCCUCUGCAGGUUUGAAAGUGUUUUGGACCUGAAGCCAUCUGACCCUGUGGGUACAGGAACCAGUGUCUCCACCCAGGCUUCCUCCCAGAGGAGAGACACGCCGACCCUGCAGUCCGCAGCAAAGCAGCACUACUUGAAACACUCUCGCUAUUUGCCUGGAAUAAAUAUAAGAAAUGGCAUGCUCCCAAACCCAGGCAAGGACUUUCUUCCAUCAAACUCAUGGUCCAGUUCUGGUUUGUCUGGAAAGUCUUCAGGAACAGUAUCGGUAGUGAGCAAAAUAACUUCAGUUGGCUCAGGCUCUACGAGCUCCAGUGGACUGACUGGAAGCUACAUCCCUUCCUUUCUGAAAAAAGAAAUCGGUUCUGUUAUGCAGAGGGUACAGCUGGCGCCCCUCGCAGCUCCUUCCCCCGGCUACUCUUCCCUCAAGGCCGUGAGACCUCACCCGGGGAGGCCUUUCUUUCACACCCAGCCCAGGAGCACGCCUGGCUUGAUCCCACGACCUCCAGCUGUGCAGCCUGUGCACGGCAGGAUAGACUGGUCUUCCAAGUACCCAUCUCGGAGGUGACUGUCCCGGCCACGGGCCCUGCUCCUCAGCUGACUGACUCCGUUGUACCCGCACAACCACAAGGCUGUGUAAAAGCACCCACAUUUACAGCUGUUCUGAACUAAUGCAUUUUAAUAUUUCUUUUAAAUGUUUUUUUUAAAUAUUGAUUUGAAUGCAAUACCCUCUUUUUGUAUAAAAUUAUUUUAUUCUAAAACCGGGUCUCAUUAUUUUCUUAAACAACAGCAUUUUGUAUAUAUGGAUUAUGUUUUAGCAUUUUAUACAGUCAACUUUGUAAUGAACUUUUUAAGGAUUUAAGUGAUUUUUUUUUUGGUUCAUUGUUCCAUGUAAUAUUUUAUACAGAUUUUGAAAUAUAUGUAAUUAUAUUGAUGCAGUAUUGUGACAGGGUGCAGUUUAAGGCAGUGGGAUACGGGAUUAUUUACUUGAUAUAUUUGAAUUUUAUGGAGUGGCUACACUUAAAUGUGGCCCAUCUGGUCCUUUAGGCUUUCUUAGACUGGUCUUAGAACGGUGGCCCACUCACUGCUAUUCUUAAUUAACAGCUUGAAUUGGUUGUCCUGGAGGCAGAAGUUGUCUUGUUGUUUGAGACAGAGUCUUGUGUAGCCCAGACGGGCCUCCCACGUACUAAGUAUCUGAGGACAGCUUUGAAUUCCAGAUCUUCCCGUGUCUACCUUCCUGAGUGCUGGUGUCGCAGGUGUGUACACCAUGCUUGGUUUUCCCCCUGGGCUUUGUACAAGCCUCCCAGCCCUGAUCCUGUCUUUCAUACGAUUGUCUUUCAUACAACUGUUCUGUCCCAAACUGUCACUUUAUUUAAAUACAUUUCACUUUAUUUUUGCCCCCAAAACAAAGAACUCUUCAUAACUAAUUUGUGAAAUGUUAUUAUACUCAUAGAUACAGUCGCAAAUAUCCAGAUAAACCCAAGCAUAAUCAUAUGAGAUUUCUACUUUUUUGUUGCUUUGUAUUGGUUGAAAUACCUGCUGGCGUCCAGCUUCACCAGCCCUCACCUGUGGGUGGGGAUGAAGGGACUGAGCAGGGACAGCCAGCUCAGAGAUGGCCGGAGCUGUGCUCACCUGUUGCUCA